UGUGUUCUCCCCAAGGUUUCCCGAGCUCGGAACCGAACAAGUUUUGCCGUACGCAUAGAUAUGCGUUUAAUAUAGUCAGUCCCUAUUCCAUACACCGUCGUCCUCGGUCGGUCGGAUAUAGUAGGGCGUUAUGCCCUGCCGCGAUAUCGUACGAUUAGUAUAGUAUACAAAAUAUAUAUUAACAUAAGUGUUAUUUUAGCAUAGUUUAACACAAAAGUGAUGUGAAAACCCAAUUUAUUUAAUUUGGAUGUGUUAAAAUUGCAUAAAUAUAUCGUACAGUGCCCUUGUGUACUAUAAUUAGUUUUUUAUAUAACUAAAUGUGUCCUUAGUUUAAACUCUAGCUGUGGUAAAGGAUAAAAGACCAUGUCCCGAAGGAAAUUGCUAAUAGGCGGCGCGGGAGUCGCCGGCGCAUUGGUUGCGGGAUGGGCGCUGUACGCGGACGAUAAGCCGCAAUGGUACAACGCGCCGACAGUUUCAGCAAAGACAGAGCGGAAGAAGAGGCCUCUGCCAUCCAGAUUAGAACAAGUAAACAUGCUGCAAGCUGGCCACACGUACGACGUUCUCAUUAUCGGAGGCGGCGCCACUGGGGCAGGCUGUGCUUUGGAUGCCACCACUAGAGGACUCCGCACAGCACUAGUGGAAGCAGACGACUUCGCGAGCGGCACAUCAAGUAGAAGCACAAAGCUCAUCCACGGCGGCGUCAGAUACCUACAGAAGGCCAUCCUGCAUCUAGACUAUGACCAGUACAAGAUGGUCAAAGAGGCGCUACAUGAACGAGCGAACAUGCUCGAAGUGGCGCCGCAUUUGACGAGGCCGCUGCCCAUAUUAUUGCCUGUCUAUAAAUGGUGGCAAGUCCCUUACUACUGGUUCGGCAUCAAGAUGUACGACAUCGUCGCUGGAGACAGGAAUCUGAAGAGCUCCUACUACUUGUCUAAGAAGAAUACCCUAGAACUGUUCCCCAUGUUGAAAUCCGACAACUUGUGCGGCGGCAUCGUAUAUUACGAUGGCCAGCAAGAUGACGCCCGUAUGAAUCUCGCGAUAGCGCUGACGGCAGCUCGGCACGGCGCUACUAUCGCUAACCACGUCAAAGUUACCAAGCUGUACAAGACCAAUAACAAACUCAGCGGCGCACGGUUACGGGACGAACUAACGGGUAAGGAGUGGGACAUCAAAGCCAAGUCCAUAAUCAACGCGACAGGUCCCUUCACAGACUCCAUCAGGAAAAUGGAUGACCAAGCGGUUAAGGACAUCUGCUGCCCUUCUUCUGGAGUACACAUUGUAUUGCCAGGAUAUUACAGUCCAGAGCACAUGGGUCUCCUUGACCCGUCGACGUCGGACGGUCGGGUCAUCUUCUUCCUGCCGUGGCUCAAGGGCACCAUCGCGGGUACCACUGACCUUCCGUGCCAGGUCACCCACAGCCCCAAGCCCACCGAGGACGAGAUCCUUUUCAUCCUCACCGAAGUCAAGAACUACCUCAACCCUGACGUUGAAGUCCGGCGCGGUGACGUCCUCUCAGCGUGGUCCGGCAUUAGACCUCUAGUAUCGGACCCCAACAAACCCGACACUCAGUCCCUCGCGAGAAACCACAUCGUCCACGUGUCUCCGUCAGGCCUCGUCACUAUCGCCGGAGGAAAGUGGACCACUUACAGAGCCAUGGCUGCCGAGACCAUUGAUGCUGCUAUCGAAAGUGCGAAUCUGAAACCCUUGUUCAAGGAAUGCCAGACGGACGGCUUUUUGAUAGAAGGCGCUCACGGCUGGACUCCUACCAUGUACAUCAGGUUGGUGCAGGACUUCGGACUUGAAAUGGAGGUAGCUCAGCACUUAGCUAAAUCCUACGGGGACAGAGCGUUCGCGGUCGCUAAGAUGGCUCAGAUGACCGGCAAGCGGUGGCCCAUCAUUGGCAACAAGAUCCACCCAGAGUUCCCCUACAUUGAUGCUGAAAUUAGGUACGGUGUGCGCGAGUACGCGUGUACCGCGGUAGACAUGAUCGCGCGUCGCCUGCGCCUCGCCUUUCUCAACGUGCAGGCCGCAGCCGAAGCCUUGCCUGCAGUCGUUGACAUCAUGGCUGAGGAACUGAAGUGGUCUGAAGCCGAGAAGCAGAAACAAACCAAAGCAGCGGCAGAUUUCCUAGCCAACGAAAUGGGACAAAUGGUGAACCGCGCCAGUCGCGACAAGAUCCCGAUCAACCUGACCAAAGACGAGAUCCAGUCUUACAUCAAGCGCUUCCAGAUCAUCGACAAAGACAGGAAGGGCUUUGUCUCUAUUAACGAUAUUAGGAGAAGUUUGAAGAGUAUGGGUGUGAAGCCAUCAGAGGACGAAAUAAGGGCGAUAUUGUCCGAGAUUGACGUCACGUAUCACGGCCAAAUGGAGAUUCAGGACUACCUGCAGAUGAUGUCAGCCAUCAAAUCUGGCCACGUGGCGUACUCGCGCUUCGCGCGCAUGGCUGAGAUGGAGGAACAGCAUCAUGAGCAGGAGCAGCUCAAGAAGAGCAUCACCGUCGAGAGGAGUGGCGGCGGCUUGUAGACAACGGUGAAUAGUUAUACGUAUCGCAACAAUGUAGUUUUAAGAGCAAUCACUAAAAAUAUAAGUAUUACAUAAAAUAAAACAAACACGAAACAAACCUAUGUUAUUCUUAAUAAUUUAUUUCUCCUAUUACUUACUCAUAUAAUACGUCCAAUAUUAUGAGAUUUGAAAUAUUUGUGUGUAUGAAUCAGUGCAUUAUUUGAUCACAAAUUAAUUGUAGCCGUUUCUCGAAAAAUGUACAUAGAAACAAAUAUUUUAUUCAAUCUAUGAGUUGUUUGAAUUUAUUAAAAUUUAGAACCUAUGUAGUCCUUAAUUUAUGAAAUAUAUAUUCAGAUUGAAUCUGAGAUUGUUUGUAGGUAGUUUUAAAUUAUUUAAAUACAAUCGUUACAUAUGUCAUGCUAUAUUAUUCUGGAUAUGAAUUUAUACACAAAAAUAAUUAUUUUUCGAAUAACUAACUACCUAUGUACUGAUAGUUUGAAGAAAUUUCAACGAAUAUUUUAGCCAGACUAUUAUUUUUAAUACAACAUAUUAUUGUACAAUGUUUAUCACGCUAAGCGUGUGUUUUGUUAAACCGUAUAUUUUUUUGGAUUUAUAAUAUAUUCAUGUAAAAUUGUUUGUGCAAUAAAUAUAUUUGAACUUCUUUAA